GCUCCGACUACCCCUCCAAUUGCUCAGAGCUAGCCCAGGCUGCAGAUUGUGGAUUCCACGUACAAUUGUCUUGGAGCAAAUUUAGGUCAAGUAUCAUCAUAAUAAUACAAGAAUUCCUCAAAUCUGCCUCAACUUUCACAAUCAUGGCAGCUCCCAUGGAUCAGAGAAUCAAUGUUCCUAUAGAUGAUCCAAAUGCCGAUACAGAAUGGAAUGACAUUUUGCGAGCCAAGGGUAUCAUUCCCGAGAAACCUCCUUCCCCCACGCCCCUUAUCGAAGAGGCUAUUCUCGAGGGACGUCGUCUUGCGCACGAAAACCGACUUGAAGGAAAGGAUCUCGACGAACUAGAUGCUCUUGAAGAUGAAGAAGAUGAUGCCUUCCUCGAACAAUAUAAAAAACAACGAAUGGCAGAAUUGUCAUCUAUAUCGAAGAAAGCCAAGCACGGCGCAGUAUAUCCUUUAUCGAAGCCUGAUUAUCAGAGAGAGGUUACAGAUGCAAGUCAAGACUCGCCAGUAUUGGUCAAUCUCACGAGUGGGCUGGGAACGAAUGUGGAAAGUAGGGUCUUGACUGAGUUGUGGAGGAGAGCAGCUGUUGAGUUUGGGGAAGUUAAGUUUUGCGAGAUGAGGGGUGACAUGGCUAUUGAGGGGUAUCCCGACAGAAAUUGCCCUACAAUACUGGUGUACAACAAAGGGGAUAUCGUGAAACAAGUGGUUACAUUGAUGACCAUGGGAGGUGUGCGAGUAGGAAUGGCAGAGAUUGAUAAGCUGCUGAUUGAAAUCGGAGCUAUCAAGGAUAACGACAUGAGAGUUACGAAGCGGAGACGUGAUGCAGAGGAUGAAGAAGAAGAGCGUCAAGAGAAGGGCGGUAUUCGAGGUUCGAAGCUGCCCAAUGUUGAGAGUGAUGAUGACGAUGACUGGUAAAAGGAGAUCUGGAAUCACACUGCAUAGCAUUUGGAGUUUUGGUGCAUAUAGAAAGACAAAGGAUCAAAACUUAUCCUUAUUUGCCGCAAUUCACACGCACAUCCCUAUUUAAUGGUCCACUAAUUUGAUGGGCCA